AUGGACGACGAUGAUGAAGAAGAAGCAACAGCUGGUAGCAAUGAACAAUCAAACACAAGUGACGGUAUCGAGUUCAGAGAAAACCCUGAGGACGACAAUACCAUGGAACUUGCCGAUGACUCCGUUCAAGGAUUCUUUGACCACCGUAGUCCAGUUUACGCUAUUGCUAUGCAUCCUACAAGUAACGGUAUCAUCAUGAGUGGUGGUGGAGACGACAAAAGCUAUCUUUGGCGCUGCGACACAGGUGAAAUGUUGAAAUGCCUUGACGGUCACACAGACUCUGUGACAAGUGUCGCUUUUAGCUGUGAUGGCAGAUACGUUGCAUCCGCAGGCAUGGAUGGAAAAGUACGCGUAUGGAAUGCUGAGACAGGCGACUUUUGUGUGGCAGUUGAUGGUCCUGAUGAGGUCAUCUGGAUCGACUGGCAUCCCAAGGGAAACAUUUUGCUGGCUGGUGCAUCAGAUUCAACCAUUUGGAUGUGGGCAAUGCCAACAGGAAAGUUUAUGAAUAUAUUCAAUGGCCACGCUGGACCUGUUACAGCUGGUCGAUUCACACCAGAUGGCAAAAAAAUUGUUUCAACAUCUGAAGAUACUUCAUUCAUCGUCUGGGAUCCAAAGACAGCGUCAGCAGAGGUUAGAUUAUCUGGUGAAGAUGCUCGUUUUCACACUGAGCCCAUCACCUCUGUAUCUGUAAAUAAAGAAAGCACACUGGCUAUUACAGGCGAUGUCUCUGGUAAAGCUAGACUCGUGAAUAUUUCAAGUGGACAUAUCGUCGCUGCGCUAGAAAAUCACUCAGAAUCUAUUGAAUCCUCUGCUUUUUGUGAUGUCCUUCCAUUGGCAGCCACCGGAUCUGUUGAUGGUACCAUCUCUGUUUGGGAUGUGCAAACACAGCGUCUUCGAGCUACUUUAUCUCAUGAAGAUGCAGUCGUUAAAGUAAAGUUUGUAAAGAACUCACCGCUGUUAGCAUCAUGUUCUGCAGAUAAAACCGUAAAGAUGUGGGAUACUCGUACAGGCCAAUGCAUAAAGUCUUGGUCAGGUCACCAUGAUACUGUCCUUGAUAUCGCUGUGUCAGAUGACGGGAAUGUCAUUUGUUCUGCCUCUGAUGACGGUACUUGUUUGGUGUUUAGCAUGUAA